AUGACCCGACCUAAUCUCCCUCCACCAACCUCUGCUCUUCCUCAAUUGCCAGUCUCCAGGUUACGAACCCCUGUGACUGUGUCUGAGUCCUCUCGAGAACAAGUUGCCCCUCCAACGGCCUCUACACUCGCUCUCAAGAACCCUUCGAAGCUCGUCAAAUCAUCUACCUCCCCAAGCACCAGUCACGCGCCCUCUAGCCCGAAAACACCAACUCUACGGUCCGAUCCCGCCAGCCAGGCUCACAGCCAAGUGGAAGGUUCGUCGACAGACAAAGAGAUUCGACGCUCUGUCAGUAUUGCGAAUUUUCCCCAACCUCCCAAAGUCAGGAGGACUGGUCUCGACAGCAAAUACUCAACGGCCACGCAUUCCUUGAUAUCCGAAGCAACCGCACAAAGCAAAGACGGAGGUGGUACGCCGCCCGGUAGCUUGAGGAUCAAAAGACUAAAAACAAAGGCGUCAACAGAUGGGCUUAGUCAAAUGUACAGCGGAGGGCCAACCCCUACUCUUCUGGACGGAAGUGGCGAUGGUAAAGCAAUAUCCAGUACUUCAGAACCAAGAGUGUCAAAUGAUCUCGUCAGUCUGCGGUCACCGCCACACAGCCGAACUUCUUCUGCUCAAGGGUCUUACUCUACUUCAGCAACAACGUUUGAAGACACGGAUGACAAGAGGGCCAGAGAAGAAAGUCACGUCAACAAAGAGGAUGGAAGUAAGAGAAGGGAUUCUGGCCGAAGAGAAUAUGAGGGGAAGGGCAAUGUGAUUGUUAGCGUGCGUGUACGACCCGAUGCAGGUGCGGAAAAGUCGUCAGGCAAGGAUUGGAUGGUGGAUAGCCGGCAGUCUCUCGUGGCCUACAGGGGAAGAGAGGGUGGGGAUUAUUACUAUGAUAAUGUGUUCGCGCCUUAUGAUCAAAAUCACAAAGUUUAUGAUGCGUCAGCGAAACGGCUUGUACGCCGUGUAAUGGAGGGCUACCAUGGAACAGUGUUUGCUUACGGUAUGACGGGGACUGGCAAAACCUUCUCCAUGCAAGGAACCGCAACAUCACCAGGAGUGAUACCACUAGCUAUAACCGACAUAUUUUCUUUCAUUCGCGAAACACCGCAUCGGGAAUUUUUGCUACGAGUUAGCUACCUAGAAAUCUAUAACGAGAGGAUUCAUGAUCUGUUGAAGCCGCCGACGGAAGCCGGCAUUGGACCUGGAUCGCCACAGCCAGAAGAGAUCAAACUUCGUGAGGACCCAAAACGAGGGGUUUUUGCCAGUCCGUUGAAAGAAGAGAUCGUGCAGAGUCCGACUCAGUUGCUUCGAGUAAUUGCUCGAGGCGAUCAGUCCAGGAGGACUAGAAGCACCCAAUACAACGCUCAAAGCUCCCGUAGUCAUGCUGUGGUUCAAAUUGUUGUUGAGAGUCGGGAGCGUGCGCCGUACGGCGGGAGAGACGUGAACGACAAACGAGCCCCUCUCAUGCCUGGGGGGGUUCGGGUAUCCACACUGAGCAUGAUUGAUUUGGCUGGCUCCGAGAGGGCAGCAGAAAACAAGGAGCGAAGAACUGAGGGUGCCCACAUCAACAAGAGUCUGCUGACCCUCGGCACCGUCAUUGCAAGGCUUUCGGGUGAUAAAGACUCCAACGGCAAUCCAACCGAUAAAGAUGGCAAACACUUGCCGUAUCGAGACAGCAAACUAACUCGACUGCUGCAGCCAGCCUUGUCAGGAAACUCAUUGGUCAGCAUUCUCUGCACGAUUCAGCUCGGGUCAUUUGGGAGUGUGACCACAGCCAAUGGACAUACUAGUGAGACCCUGAACACUCUGAAAUUUGCGGCAAGAGCGAAAAACAACAUAGUCAGCCAUGCAAAGAAAGCAGAGGAAGCUCUUGGCAGCGGUACGGAUGCAGGAAGCAGGGUUCUCCUCGAGCGAUAUCGAAUGGAAAUACAGAGCUUACGGAACGAACUCGACAGCCAGAAAAAGGCCCAGGAAGGCAGGGAGGAAAGACCAUUUGACUUUGAAGAGAAGCAGUUCGAGAGAGAAGCAGAACAGAGACGUGAGGAGCAGAUGCUCGAGAUGCAACUCGCAAGAACGGCUUUGAACGACCGCAUCGAGCAUCUCAAUCGCUUGAUAUUGUCUUCCAAAUCGUCCGGUGUCAACACAAAUGGCAAGAUGUCAUCCCUGAGCAUGCAUCCAUCACUUUCUUCGAACCACAGGAGUGAAAUCUCCACGAAGACAUUGCGGUCUCUGCGACCGUCAGGAAGCCAAUCGACGCUCGGAGGAGCUGCACCGUCACUGAAACGGACAGUGUCCGCUGGAUCUACCAUCACAGCAGCUGGGAAAGGAAGUGAGGAGCAAUACUCGCCUGUAUCUUCGCUGGGCAACGAAGAAGAUUUGGCAGGCGAAUUUGGAGAUGGUACUGCAACAUCGAAUGCACAUAUCCGCGCCCUUCAAGCGGACUUGGCCGAUAAGAACAGGUACGUUUCGACUUUGGAGAAGCGCUUGCUGCAAGCCCGGCGAUCGAGUCACUCCAAAUCAUCCGCUCUGGGUUCGCCAACCUCGCAAAAGAAACAUGGCAUGAUCGAAGAAAAUGCUAGCACAAGAGAAAUCAUACGAGAAAAAGAUGCCGAGAUUGCCGACUUGCGUGCACGACUAGAUGACAAAGACCGCAUGGUCAAUGCUCUUCGAUCUGCAGCUCGCCAUCGUGAUACUGCAGAUUUCGUAUCUGAACCUCUGUCACCCGAAAUCCGCAAGGAAAGCUAUCAUCAAAGCAACGAGAGCAAAGAUAGCGGUGGCAGUGUUAAUAGCGGCGGCAAUGGAAUCUCCUUGACGUCCCCCGUCAGCCCCGUACAGCUGCUCUCACCUACCAGCCCCGUACAGUACAAAGAAAAGGAAAAGGCGAUGAAGAGAAAGAGUAUAGACGAGAUGACAAAGAUUCUCGAUAGCAUGAUUAACGAUCGAGUCCAGACAGGUGGAUUGGUCAUUGGGGCUAAUGGGAUGGUGAGACCUCUGCAAGAACGGAGAAAGGAGAGCUUGAGUGCGGUGCCCAGUGUUGGCGCCCUGGCUGCGACCCUGAGGCCUAUCUCGACAAUCUCGGAAGCCGAAUCUUGA